UAAACGGAAAACACCAACAACCGCCGCUGGGUUCUUGGAACACAGCAAGCUUGGGUUCUUUGAAGGAACCCAAGUGCGAGUUUGGGGGAACCCAACGCUUGGGUUCGAAGAACCCAAGUGUGGGUUUGAAGAACCCAGCAUGCUUGGGUUCUUCAAACCCGCGCCUGGGUUCCUUCGAAGAACCCAAGCAUGCUGGGCUCUUCAAGGAACCCAGGCACGGGUUCAAGGGAACCUAGUGCCUGGGGUUCUUUGAACCCAAGCAUGGGUUUGAAGAACCCAGCAGGCUUGGGUUCUUCAAACCCGCACCUAG